AUGCGAAUAAAAGUGAAUGUACUGCGAGUAUUAUUAUUUUUGUUUGUAUUUCAAAGAGAAGAAGCAAAAGCUGCAAAGUGUUAUCAGUGUAACAGCAAAAUAGACAAAGAUUGUACCGUCAAUAUGGUAGAUAUAAAGUAUUUGAAACCUUGUCCCACCUCGCACCCAUUUUGUCGUAAAGCUGUGUACAUAUAUUAUUUUAUGAAUUCCCGGGAGUAUAUAACAGUACGCGAGUGUGUAAAAUGGCGAAAUGCUGACAAUAAAUGUUACAAAGGUCGAUAUAUACAGGAUAGUUAUCAGCUCGUUUGCGAGUGUAAGGGAGCAGGAUGUAAUCACGCAGUGAAAUUUUCAUCGCAGACUGCCAUUCUUCUCUAUGUUUUCUGCCACUUCGUGGUUUUCUUUAGCGGAAAUAUUACUUGA